GGCUUCUCUGUUGGUACCUGUUGUUUACUAUUAUGGUUUCCUGGGGUUCACUUCGAGUGGCGUGAAGAAAAUGCUGCCUGGUGAAAUCACUGGAAUUAGGGAUUUGCUUUCGAGAUUGGAAAAUGAUGUCGUGUACGCCUUGGCCGACACAGCCACGAAACGAGCACUCGCUUUCACUUCAGUCAAUGAUGCCAUCGAUGCAAUUAUACUUCAUUCAGAGUCUGCCUUCUGGUUCUUGAAUCGCAAAAAGUUAACCAGAGCUAUUCUGUUUGAGUAUCUCAAUGCGAGGAAAAUACCCAUCAGUGGACAAGCUGAGAAAGCUGCUCUCAUCACUCGAACACUAGAGCUUUGGAAUUCUGAACCACAACAGAUUGCUGCUGUUGUGUCACCCACAACUGUUUCCACCAGUCAUCAAGAACCUACACCUUCGACACCAGAAAUGGGUCUCCAAUUCACCAAAUGGUUUUAUGAAUUGCUCUUUGCAGUUCACAAGCAGUCUGCCAUUGGUACACAAUUAUCUGAGCAGUUUUGGAGAGAUGCUAGACUGAAAAUCACUUUGAAUUCUUCUGCUGCAACUGACUGUCAAGAAAUGAUAGGCUCAGAUGAGGCUGCCAAUCUACUUCAAAUGCUGUUGUGCCAACAUGGAUUUCUUCUUAAUCCAAACCUCAGUUCGAACGGAGUUCGAGAAAGAAAGGACCCACAUGGAAUGGUCAUCAUAGGAGUUUGCGGAACAGCUCAUCAAUACGACAAUUGUAGUGGGAUUUUCGAACAGGUCUUUGGGUUGGUGCAGGAUCCUCAUCAGGAUUUCAAAUGGAAAAUCAAGUGGUCAGAGCUUAGAAUAACUCAAGCUACUGUGAAUCGAUUGCCGUGUCUCAAUGAUUUGCCAGAAUUACAGGCACUAUUGUGACAAUUCCAUGAUAUGAAAACCAACCGUUAACGUGUGUCCCUUUAUAUUUAAUUCAAACAGAAAAAUGGUAUUUCUUACCGAUUUAGUGGAACACCUUUUAAUUUUUUCCUCCUACUGUAAAGGCGUCUCUGUACAGCUCAUCGGUGAAAAUUUAAAAAUUAUUGUAAUUACAAAUGCUGCUUUUCCUAA